GCAGUCUUGAUUAGACGACGUCUGAGGUGGGAGAUGUUUAGGUGUGUCUGUGUGACUAUGUGGUAAUGUCGUUUGAGUCAGAUUGAUUUUAUUGAUCCACGUUGAUCACUGUAUAGAUCUGUAAUUUGACAAAUCUAUAAUAGGGAAAAGAGUAAUUAAUAUAGUGUGUGGACCUUAAUGCACGCUACUCACCAUAAUAAUAUAAAUGGUCAAGGCUUGUUUUGUGAGGUUUCCAUGAUGAUAACAGAGCUGCAAUGCUCUACACAGCCACAUGGGGGCAGCAUAUGUAUAUGUAAGAUAGCAAUUAAUGCACGUUUGAAACCUUUUAAUUAACACGUCCUAAAGCUUUGAGAUCUGAAUAUUACUAUUAACCCUCCUCUUGAUAAAGUCCUCUGACUGUAGAUCACCUGGGUCAUGAUGAUCAUGUUUAGGUAUGUGUCAAAGUAUUGCAUCAUGUUUUUAAAGAGCAGAAAACUGCAUUUAAUGUGACUAAUUUGUGACUGAAACAUUCAAAGCUGCUUAUUGACGCUAUGAGAAUGAAUAUAAGUGACCAUGUAUCAUUGUAUCAUUGGUAAACUAUUCAAAAAACAAAUUAUGAAAAGAGGGAUUCCCUCUCAGUGUUUCCCUGAGAGGACAAAACACUCUCAUCGUUCUUGUUAUGGAGAUAACAAACCUCUAUUCCUGUAUUAACACCGCACCAAGGCAGCACUAACGACUGACAUAGGAGCUGAUUAAUGUGUAUUGUCGCUGUAAUUUAACAGUCCUAAAUCUUGCCCUUCCCUUGCUUGUUUUUUAGUACUACAGCCCUUUCUUCUUCCUUUCCCAUCCGGUUUUCCCCGGUUUCAUCCACCUCCUCUCGUCCCCGGAAUAUUUUAUGUAAAAAAAAAAAAAACGUGUCAGCUGAGCGCCAGGUGGGGGCGUUCCUGCAUAAAUUACUCAAACAGCCUCUGUCUCCACCAAUCAAGGAGCCGACCUCUCGGAGUGUCGCUGCAUAAAUUAUGCGGGCUUGUCCCGAGCUGCAGAUCUUUUUUGCGUAGCGCCGAGAUGAGCUGACCUUGGGUUGUGUUUGCACUCGCUGCGGUCGCUGCACAAGCUCUAUUUUAACCGGACCAGAAUACAGAACAACGCGUGUGGAUGUGUCUCGCGGAGCUGGUCGCGUGGAGGUCGACAAGGGACACGGGGCUGUUCGUUAACGGACUGUAAAAGGGAGGGGGAGAAAACAACCAUGAACAGCAUGAAUACGCCGUGCUACACCGUGGCUAUGGAUCUAGGCGUCUGCCAGCUGCGAAAUUUCUCCAUAUCGUUUCUGUCGUCGUUACUGAGCGCGGAGAGCUCGCACGUCAAGCUCGACAAAAGUUCGUCGGGAGCCAGCGUUGUGGCCAUAGACAACAAGAUUGAACAGGCAAUGGACCUGGUGAAGAGUCACCUGAUGUACGCUGUGCGUGAGGAGGUGGAGGUCCUGAAGGAGCAGAUCAAGGAGCUGAUUGAGCGCAACUCCCAGCUGGAGCAGGAGAACACCCUGCUGAAGACACUGGCCAGCCCGGAACAGAUGGCCCAGUUCCAGGCCCAAGUUCAGACUGGCUCCCCGCCUGCCCCUCAGACAGCUGCCACACCGGGACCCCCAAGCACUGCAGUCCUCGCCCAGCCUGCCUCGCACAGCUCUGGCCCCUCAGCGUAGCCUGGUCUGCGCACGACAGACAGACAGACUGACUGACUGACAGUUUUUGAGCUCUGCUACAGCAGCAGAGCCAAACCUUGCCUUCUUCAGCAGGAGGCUGCGCUGUUAAAACAAGAUUUUGCACAUAUUUAUCUCUCAGAAGGAUGCAGCCAGCGGGACAGGCGGUGCUGUGCUCUGCAGCGCAGCAAAGGGUGACAAUCUUGAGAUGCUGUUUGGGGAAGGGGGGUUGUUUCAGAGGAGGAUGAAUCAUUGAACAUUUGCCAAAUAACCCUUGGACAUAUCAACUAGAAUGUCUUACCAAGAGAAACAAAACAGCUUAUCAGUGGUGACAUUGUACUUAACUAUAGAUUAAAAAGAAAAUCACUGUGCCUGUGUCUGGAUUUUAGGUGAUGUUGAUUUUACUGAUGAUGGAGGAGCAGGAGCAGGAGGACUGUGUUGGUUGUUACCUUUUUUUUUUUGCUGAAUGAUGUAAAUAAAAGUGGCGCUCUCUCUCAAGGCUAGAUCCUAAAGUUACAAGUUGAAAGAGAGAAAGAGAAAAAGCCUUCUCAGAGUGACAAAUGAAGAAUGUUAGCAAUUAUUAUCUUGACAAAGUCCCCAUCUGGAAUGGGGAGUCGGGGGGUGGGGAGGUUCGGGACGGGGUGGGAGGGUACUUUGAACAACACUUUGAUGCAGCAUUGACUUCAACUGUGGGUUGGUGGGAUGAACAAAACAUGGUUUCUUAUGGAGAUGAUGAUAUUCUAUUUUCAGUAUUUCACUUUCAAGCUUCUCAUUUUUGCCCUCAACAAAAGCUCAUUAUCGCUGUUUUCUCAACCCUGCAGUGGCAUGUAAUUUAAACCUUAUUUGACAGGGUUGAGACACUGGGCUAAGCUGCAUUUUUCUUUUCUUUUUUUUUCUUUUUUUCUUAAAAGUUUGAUGGGCAGAAGAUGAUGUAUAUUUCUGUAUAGUGUAAGUACCAUGUAAAAUAGUGAGGAGAAGGAGAAAAAUAACAGAUGCUAUCUAGGUCACACAGAUCGAGGCAGGUGAGCGAGGGACGUGUGAGUCUUGCCCAGUCUGUGUUGUCUAUUUUUAAUGCUGUAUUUCCAGGAUGGUGGAUUGACAGGAGUUUAGGUUAUUUAACUGACAACACAGCCAAAAAUGCUGUCCAUAUCCCUUACUGCAUCAUUAACUCUUGACUGUAAAACAACAAUUUUCACUUGGCUCUUUCUCUUUCUGGGGUAUUGCACCUUUUUGAUUUUUUUUAAAGUUUUGACAGUGAAGUACUUCUGGAUAAACAAUAUCUUGAGAACUCAACAUUUAAAAAAACAAACAAAAAAAAGGACAAAUACAAACUCUGGAGAUGUUUUUUCUUUUUCAUUCUGUGUAUCAGUUGUAUGCUCAUGUUCUGUGCAUGUUUCCGUGAAGACCGGAUAAAAUAUUGUAACAUACAUACCACAAUUGCACUUGACAGCUGCACUUCACAACUUUCAAUAAACAUGCUUAAGGAAGAAUAA